UUUUCUUAAUAGGUUGCCUUUCCGAGCCAUUUUAGGAGCAUAAUAAGAAAACAUCAUGAAGCUGGUGAUUUGUUUGGCACUUUUCGUUGCAAUCAAUGCCUCCGUCAUCAGACGAGAGACCCAGACCGACCUGGGUGCCCAGGUUGAAGCGGAACUGAAGCAAGUCUUGUCUCAGAUCGAGACAACAGUGGACCAGGGGAAAGCGGUUGCACAUGACCUUCUCACCAAGGGUCACACCCUGUUGGAGCAGGCCAAGACCCUUGGCGGUCAGGUUUGGCACACCGCACAAGGGGAACUUGCUAAGCUGAACACCGCUGCUGCCUCUGUCUUCGGAGGCUGGCUGAAGAACAUCAGCAACCUCUGGCACGAGCUUCAACAUGUCAUUGGGAAAAGAUCGGCUGAGAGGCGUUUCUUGUUGGACGACAUCAAAGCCUUCAACGCCCGCCUGUCCAAGGACAUGCAAGCCCUGUUCCAUGACAUCGGUACCCACCUUAGAGACUUCAACGAGUACAUUGGCAACGUCUUCAAGGAACAAGUUCAUAAUGCCCAACCGAUUAUUGACAACGUGAAAGGACUCGCCGAAAACUUCUUGAACGCCACAGCCGCCAAGUCCCAGGAAGUAGUCAAGCAGGCCCAGACCUUCUUCGAGCCAUACAAACACGAUCUGGGAGAACUGUGGACUGAGAUUGAGUGUGAAUAUCAGCAUGUCGCCCAUUCUGGACCUGCAUGCUCCAAAACCCAGCGCAGAGAGGCCGCUGAUCUCCAUGCUGAGAUCAAGAAGGUUUUAGGAGACAUUGAGUCUACCGUCGCCGCCGGAGGAAAGGUUGCUCAUGACCUGUUGAACAAAGGGAAAACUCUUCUGGAGCAAGCCAAGACAGUAGGAGGAAAGGUGUGGGAGAACUCCAAGGGCGAGCUAGCCAAACUGGAAGGCGAGGCCGCGACCAUCGUCUCCGGCUUUCUGAAAGGGGUCAGCCAUCUUUGGUCCGAGAUCCACUCUGCUUUUGGUAAACGUGAAACCCAGACUGGCAUUGGAUCCCAGCUCGAGGCUGAGUUAAAGACAGUUCUGAAGCAAAUUGAGACCACUGUGGAUGAAGGCAAACAGGUUGCCCACGAUCUCCUCGAGAAGGGACACACACUUCUGGCCCAGGCUAAAGUCACCGGAGGUCAGGUCUGGCAAAACGCCAAAGGUGAACUUGCCAAACUGAACGAUGCUGCUUCUACCAUCUUCUCCAACUUCCUGAAAACUGCCAGCAGCUUCUGGCACGAGAUUGUCAACAGCUUUGGUAAGCGUGAAACCCAAACUGCCAUUGGAGCCCAGCUCGAGGCUGAGUUAAAGGAAGUUCUGAAGCAGAUUGAGACCACCGUGGAUGACGGCAAACAGGUUGCCCACCAUCUCCUCGAGAAGGGACACACACUUCUGGCCCAGGCUAAAGUCACCGGAGGUCAGGUCUGGCAAAACGCCAAAGGUGAACUUGCCAAACUGAACGGUGCUGCUUCUACCAUCUUCUCCAACUUCCUGAAGACCGCCAGCAGCUUCUGGCACGAGAUUGUCAACAGUUUUGGAAAGAGAGAUGCUGAGCUGGAAAAGCGAUUCUUGUUGGACAGCCUUAAGGAGCUUUCUGUCCACCUGAGCGAGGAUCUUAACAAAAUCUUCACUAAUGUUGGAUCCAAAUUCCACGCCUUCAACGCCUACCUCGUUGAUUUGUUCAAGCAGGGUACAACAGCAGCCAAGCCCGUCGUUGACAACGUGAAAACACUAGCCCACAACUUUUUGACAGCCACACAGGCCAAGUCCAAGGAAGUAGUCUCCCAAGCCAAGGAAUUCUUUGAGCCUUACAAACACGAUUUAGGACAGCUGUGGUCCCAGGUUGAGUGCACCUACAACCACGUUGUGCACAACGCCGCUGCCGACUGCCACGACGCGCCCGUCUAUUAAACAUCGCCAACUCUCUGUAGCUCCUUUUAAAUUAAACCCUCAUGAAAAUUA